AGCCCGCCUUCUGCAGCUCGGCGGCGGGAGCUUCUGUCUGCGCGGACUUGGGAGGCGGCGGCCGCUCUUCUAGCCUUCGCGAGCUUGGGAUCCGCCGAGCGCUGCAGCGGCUCGCUAGUCCGUCUCCGUGCCGGUCUCGGUCCCCGUCCCCGUCGCGCGGUCAGGGCACUGCCCCAGUUGCUCUCUUCACCAUGAUUCCCUGCAGAACAGUGCUGACUUUCGCGCGAUGUCUGAUCCGGAGAAAAAUUGUCACACUGGACAGCCUAGAAGAUUCCAAACUCUGCCGCUGCUUAACCACCAUGGACCUCAUCGCCCUGGGGGUUGGAAGCACUCUGGGUGCUGGGGUUUAUGUCCUUGCUGGGGAAGUCGCCAAAGCAGAUUCUGGUCCGAGUAUUGUGGUAUCUUUCCUCAUCGCCGCGCUGGCCUCGGUGAUGGCUGGUCUUUGCUAUGCUGAAUUUGGGGCCCGGGUACCGAAGACUGGAUCUGCUUAUCUAUACACAUACGUCACGGUCGGAGAGCUGUGGGCCUUCAUCACUGGCUGGAAUCUCAUCCUGUCAUAUGUCAUAGGUACAUCUAGCGUUGCAAGAGCAUGGAGUGGCACCUUCGACGAACUUCUUAACAAACAAAUUGGCCAGUUUUUCAAGACAUACUUCAAAAUGAAUUACACUGGUCUCGCGGAGUAUCCAGACUUCUUUGCCGUGUGCCUUGUAUUACUUCUGGCAGGUCUUUUAUCUUUUGGCGUAAAAGAGUCUGCUUGGGUGAAUAAAUUUUUUACAGCUAUUAAUAUCCUGGUCCUUCUCUUUGUCAUGGUGGCUGGGUUUGUGAAAGGAAAUGUGGCUAACUGGAAGAUCAGUGAAGAGUUUCUCAAAAAUAUAUCAGCAAGUGCCAGAGAACCACCUUCUGAAAACGGAACAAGCAUCUACGGGGCUGGUGGCUUUAUGCCCUAUGGCUUUACAGGGACGUUGGCUGGUGCUGCGACAUGCUUUUAUGCCUUUGUGGGCUUUGACUGCAUUGCAACAACCGGUGAAGAGGUCCGGAAUCCCCAAAAGGCUAUUCCCAUCGGAAUAGUAACUUCCUUACUUGUUUGCUUUAUGGCCUAUUUUGGGGUCUCUGCAGCUUUAACACUUAUGAUGCCUUACUACCUCCUGGAUGAGAAAAGCCCACUCCCUGUUGCAUUUGAAUAUGUCGGAUGGGGUCCUGCCAAAUACGUUGUCGCGGCAGGUUCCCUCUGCGCCUUAUCAACAAGUCUUCUGGGUUCUAUGUUCCCCUUACCCCGCAUUCUGUUUGCCAUGGCCCGGGAUGGCUUACUGUUUAGAUUUCUUGCAAGAGUGAGUAAGAGGCAGUCACCAGUUGCUGCCACGAUGACUGCAGGGGUCAUUUCUGCUGUGAUGGCCUUUCUUUUUGACCUGAAGGCUCUCGUGGACAUGAUGUCUAUUGGCACCCUCAUGGCCUACUCUCUGGUCGCAGCCUGUGUGCUUAUACUCAGGUACCAACCUGGCUUGUGUUAUGAGCAGCCCAAAUACACCCCUGAGAAAGAAAUUUUGGAAUCAUGUACCAAUGCAACUUCGAAGAGCGAGUCCCAGGUCACCAUGCUGCAAGGACAGGGCUUCAGCCUUCGAACCCUCUUCAACCCCUCCACUCUGCCCACAAGGCAGUCGGCAUCCCUCGUGAGCUUUCUGGUGGGAUUCCUGGCUUUCCUCAUCUUGGGCUUGAGUAUUCUAACCACAUAUGGAGUCCAGGCCAUUGCCAGACUAGAAGCCUGGAGCUUGGCUCUUCUCGCCCUGUUUCUUGUCCUCUGUGCUGCUGUCAUUCUGACCAUUUGUAAGCAACCACAGAAUCAGCAAAAAGUGGCCUUCAUGGUCCCGUUCUUACCAUUUCUGCCGGCCUUCAGCAUCCUGGUCAACAUUUACUUGAUGGUCCAGUUAAGUGCGGACACUUGGGUCAGAUUCAGCAUCUGGAUGGUGCUUGGCUUUCUGAUUUACUUUGCCUAUGGCAUUAGACACAGCUUGGAGGGUAACCCCAGGGAUGAAGAAGAUGAUGAAGAUGUUUAUUCAGACAACAUCAACGCAGCAACAGAAGAAAAAUGUGCCAUGCAAGCCAAUGACCAUCACCCAAGAAACCUCAGCUUACCUUUUAUACUUCAUGAAAAGACAAGUGAAUGUUGAUGCUAGCCCACGGUCUUACCACACACGUACCUUAACAAUGAGCACACUAUGGUAGGACGCCGCCAUCAUGCUGGGUUGCCAUGAGUCUGCUGCGGACAUGGCCUGCCUAACUUAUCCUCCUCCAGACAGCUUCUCUUCAGAUGGUGGAUUAUGUGUCUGGGGAGACUGCCUGAGAGCACUCCUCAGUGAUGAGUAUCCCCAAAACAGUAUGUCUGUGUGUGUACAUGUAUGUUUGGGAAUGUUAGUGUUCAGUGUUGUCGGUUAUUACUCUGUGACAUAAUUCCAGCGUGUUAAUUGGUGGUAUGUACUGCUCAUACUAGUAAACAGUAUAUUGCUGAAUA